UAAUCUCUACGCUUCUCUCUCUGCAAUUACUCUUUGAGAGCAUCUCUCUCUAAAAUAUCGAGUAUUGCUAACUUGAGCGUUGGAGUGUUUUCCCCGAGGAAACAUCCUCGAGAAUUUCAGGUGUGGAAGCAGCUGAAGACCUCAACAGUGUUGGAUCGUGAAGCUGCCCAAACACCCCCCCUCUGCAGAAAUCCGGAUCUGCUUUGCUCUGUCCGUCCGGUGGCUGCUCUUCAUUGUUGGUUUUUUCGGUUCUGGUAAGGGGGAACAACCAUUAAAUUCUCUUUUCUCACUUGAUUUGGCUUGGGUUUACUUUAAUUUCCCUUGGUUUUUCCAAUUUUGGUAGACCCCCUGAAUUUCUCCUUCAUUCCUGCCGGCUUCCCCUAGCUUGCAGCUCUGGUUUUUUGUUGCUGAAUUCUGGUAAGUAAAUUUAUGGUAAUGCCCGUACAGUUUUUAAAAGCAUGUUUUGACUUGUUUUUGAAGUGGUGGCGGGACUAAACCCGUUUUAUACAAAAGUAAGUAUGACUGAUUUGAAGUGAAAUUUUUAUGCUUUUCAUUAAAUUGAGCAUGCCUACUUGAAAUUUAAUUGAUUGUCCUGAUGAUCUGAAAGUGAUUGGUGAAUUAUGGUUUUUCUGUUAACUUCUGCCUGUUUUGUCUCCAAUGUGGUCAUGUUAUUAGUGUGCCCGCUAGUGGGAGGUUUAUAAAUGCUAGCACAUGUCAACAUAUUAUUGAUAAAACCGGUUCGUUCGAGUGACCCUGCUAGUGGGGGCUAUACACCAGCAAAUAGUGUAGCCUGCCAGUGGGAGGUUUAUAACACUGGCCAUGACCUAUAGAGGAGACGUCUAUUUCGUUCCUGUACUAUAUCCGUUUUUCGUGAUUACACUUGUUAGCAUGCUAUAAGUUUAGUAAGGGGCACUCCAUAUUUACUUACUGAGUUAUCUCAUAGUUUUUUCUUGUCCACCAUUUCAGGAAGCGAAGUCAAGGACGGGGAAAAACAAGGGGAAUGACGAGUUAAAAGGCUAGCCAUCUUGUAAAUUGAGCAUAGAUUUAGAUAUAAAUCAUGAUCUUGUAAGUUAGGCUUUAUUUGGAGAUUUAUGAUAUCAA